CUAUGAGAGUUUGUCACUGGUGACUUGCCUGGUUCGUGAAAAAAACGUUAUUCUUAAUUAUUAAUAAUUAUGUCAAAAUGUAUACUUACCAUCAGCUUUUAUGGGAGUAAACUGCACUCAAUUCAAAACAUGCACAUUCACAAAGGCAAUCAUUUUUAGCUCAUGUAAAACAAACAGUGAUCAUCAGGGUAUUCAGCAGGUAAAAAAUCUCAACCGGAAAUGGGUUCAUCUCCAGCCGUUCCACUCUAUCAGGUGACCGGAAAUAGCUGUUCAGCAGGAACAUGGCGGAGGAGCAACAGCAGGAGAUCUCUCAAAAAGAGGCUGACGGGCUGAAUUGUCUUGCAUAUGAUGAAGCCAUUAUUGCACAGCAAGAUAAGAUUCAACAAGAGAUAGCAACCAGUAUUCCUCUGGUGUCAGAAAGACAGGUCCUGUCUGUCCUUAAGCGAGAUUAUGCUGACGAUGACACCAUUUACCAGCAGAAGAUAAGAGACUUGCAGAAGAAGUACUCAUCUAUACGCAAAACACGGCCAGAUGGGAACUGUUUCUACAGAGCUUUUGGUUUCUCACAUCUGGAGUCUUUACUUGAAGACAGCAAAGAAUUACAUAGGUUCAAGGCUAUUGCUGCCAAGAGUAAACAGGAUCUGGUGAGCCAAGGUUUCACAGAAUUCACCAUUGAAGAUUUUCACAACACAUUCAUGGACCUGAUUGAGGCUUGUGAUAAGCAACCGUCUGUAGGUGAGCUGCUCAGUUCCUUUAAUGAGCAGAGCGUGUCAGAUUAUCUUGUGGUCUAUCUGCGGCUGGUGACCUCUGGGUACCUGCAGAGAGAGGAAGACUUCUUCCAGCACUUCAUAGAGGGCGGCCGCACCGUUCGAGAGUUCUGCCAACAGGAGGUGGAGCCCAUGUCCAAAGAGAGUGACCACAUUCACAUUAUAGCCCUGGCUCAGGCUUUAAACGUGUGCAUCCAGGUGGAGUACAUGGAUCGAGGAGAGGGAGGAACAAUCAAUCACCACAUCUUCCCUGAAGACGGAGAGCCCAAGAUCUUCCUCCUCUACCGACCGGGCCACUACGACAUCCUGUACAAAUAACAGAUCUGCACCUAUUGCUGUUAAGGCCUCGUCUGUUUCUGUGCUGUGGGUUCUAAACUCUAAACCUGUGAAAUGUGAACACGAGAGCCGAGCACUCAACUUUGCAAUUUCCUGUCAAAACCCCCUAAAGACUCUUAAAGAAUUUUGGAGAAUCUGUUAUAACAGGCACUGGACAUUGUACAGUUUUCUUUGAAUAAGCUGCAUCUUUGUUGUGUAUAUACAGUAUAUGGUUAUUUCAUUUAGUUAGUUUUUUUUUUUUUUGGUUUGUUUCUUGUAGUUGGAAAAAUGCCUGUCAUUUGUGAUAGGAAUGGAAUUGCUUUACCAUGUUUGACUGUAUUUGACUUUCAUGAGAAUAAAAAGAACUUGCAGUA